GUAUUUCUACAAUUUGGUUUCUUUUAAUUUUAGUGUUACAAAAAGUUCAACAAUGGUUCUACAAAAAGUUGGCCAUUGUGUUCUGUGCAAAUGACCAGUGUUAUGUUGGCUGCCAAAGAUAGUGAAACUUGCAUGCGACGUAAUAAUCUCAUCGCUAACUUGAAUGAAGUAAAAACUUGUGAUCCUCUUAGUGAUAAGAAUGUGGUGAAUACCUUGUUUCCAACUAAUAAAAGUGAAGAAAUACGAAAUGAUUCUGUCAUUAUUGUUGGAGCUCGUGUGAGUGCUUUUAGUUGUUUGGUAACCGUAAUAAAUUAGUUGAUUUUUGU